CCGUCCAUCAGUUCUGCAGCCGCCAUCGAGAGAAGUGCCAUGCAAAGAGGGCAGAAAAGCCCCCGCAAAUCGGUGAAAAGUGCACAAUAAUGCUGUUGAGAUGAAUCUCUGGCAACUCAGUGUGCUGAUGUGCCUGGCCGUGAGUGGGAUUCAGUGUCAGUUGGCCAGGAAGGAGCCGAAACUCCUCAUUGUCACCCUCGUUCGCAACAAGGCGCACACUCUUCCGCUCUUCCUCACAUAUCUCACGCAAUUACAGUAUCCCAAGGACAGAAUAGCGCUCUGGAUUCGCUCAGAUCACAAUGCCGACGCUUCGCUGGAGAUCGUGGGCGAGUGGCUGGCAGAGGUGAAGUCUCAGUACCACUCUGUCCAGUAUCAGUUCAACGACAGUGCGACGUUGCGUCCGGAGGAGCAAUCUGCGACGCACUGGCCGCUGGAGCGCUUCCAGGACGUGAUAGCGAUGAAGGAGGAGGGCCUACGAGUGGCCAGAGAGAUCUGGGCGGACUAUGUGCUCUUCCUGGACGCUGACGCUUUCCUCACGCAUCCCAACACGCUGCGGGAUUUGAUGGCUGUCGGGGUGCCAAUUGUGGCGCCCAUGCUGAUAUCCGACGGCCUGUACUCCAACUACUGGUGCGGCAUGACUGAGGAUCACUACUACGAACGCACGGAGGAGUACAAGAAGAUCCUGAACAGGGAAAUGGAGGGUGUGUUCGCUGUUCCCAUGGUUCACAGCGCCGUGCUGAUCAAUCUCAACCAUCCGGACAGCGAUCUGCUCACCUUCGACAAGAACGUCCUCAACUUCCACCUGGAAUCUCUCAACGCGCCGCGCAGGUACGACGGCCCAGUGGACGACAUCAUAAUCUUCGCCAUGUCCGCCAACUACUCAGGCAUUCCCAUGAUGAUCUCCAACACGGAGCAUUUUGGCUACAUUCUGUCGCCACUGGAGCAGGACGAGGAGUUGCGGCGCGACUUGGAGCAGCUCACGAACAUCCGCAUGAUGAUCUGGAACGAUCUGGAGCGCCUGGAUGUGCUUCCGCGGCUGGCGCAAUUCGUGACGGAGCCGAAGAAGGAUCGCCUGACGCUGUCGAAGAUCUUCAUGGUGAAUCUCAAGCGACGCCCAGAGCGGAGAGCCAAGAUGGAGGGCAAUUUCCGGGAGUUGGGACUCGAUGUGGAGUACUUCGAGGCUGUGGAUGGGAAGAUGAUCGACGAGGACUUCCUCGAGAGUUGGCAAAUUGACUUCCUGCCCGAAUACUUCGAUCCCUACCACAAGCGCCCGAUGACGAUGGGCGAAGUGGGAUGCUUCCUCAGUCACUUCACCAUCUGGCGCCGGAUGGUGGAGGAGGAGGAGCUGCAGGAGGUGUUGAUCCUGGAGGAUGAUAUUCGCUUCGAACCGUUCUUCCGCGAGCGUCUCGUGAGUCUGCUGGACGAAGCGCAUCGGCGUGGCGCCUGGGAUCUCAUCUACCUGGGCCGGAAGCGUCUGCACGACGCCUCCGAGCACUGGGUGGAGGAUUCCCAGCAGCUCGUCUUCCCGUCGUACUCCUACUGGACGCUGGGCUACCUGAUCUCCCGCCGGGGCGCCCAGAAGCUGCUGGCGGCACGGCCGCUGGAGAAGCUGGUGCCCGUGGACGAGUUCCUGCCCAUCAUGUUCGAUCGGCAUCCGAGCGAUGAGUGGAAAAGUGCCUUCAGUCCGCGCAAUCUCGUCGCCAUGAGUGCGGCGCCGCUGCUUCUCUAUCCCACGCACUACACCGGCGAGCACGGAUACAUUUCCGACACUGAGGACUCCAUCCAGAUCCCGCUGAGCGCCGGCGAGGCGUCAGAUGUGCCGCGAAAGAGCGACAAAGCCGAUCAGGCGCUCGAAAUGGACGCCUUGAGUCCGUCGCUCCUUGACAAUGCCAUAAACGAUCGCUGGACGACCAAGGAUGAUCGCAGCGAUCUCUAGACAUACGUUUCUCAAGUCCACAAAUGUGCCUUACGAAAAUGCCAAAAACUCUGAUUCAGAGAAUAUUUUUAUACAAAGCGCCUUUUCUCACUGCUUUUUUGCUGCAUUUUAAAUGUCUUUUUCUAUACCCACAAAUUGAACACACACGAUCAAUAAAGUGAUCUCUCUUAUGA